AUGUCAAGAAUCGAGUGGUACGCCGAAGCUUUUCGAGUUCUGGAUUUUCCAAGUGCGUUAGACGACACAUACAUUAAAGUGAAUGUUAAUGUCGUCGAUCGACCUCGAUAUAGGACGAGAAAAGGAAAUAUUGCCACAAACGUUCUUGCAGAAGUGUUUGCAGUCGAUUCAAGGGUUCUUAGGGAUGCAGUUUCACGAUCAUAUGGAUUGAGGGUUUCAAAGGGAUACUAUUACCUAUGUGAUGCUGGAUACCCUAACGCUGAAGAAUUCUUGGCACCGUACAGAGGGGAACGAUACCAUCUCUCUGAUUGGUGUGGAGCAGGAAACGCAUCGACAACUGCAAGAGAAUUUUUCAACAUGAAACAUUCUUCAACAAGGAAUGUUAUCGAGCGAGCGUUUGGGUUCUUAAAGGGGAAGUGGGUUAUUCUUAGGAGAAAAUCAUUCAACCCAAUACAAGUCCAAUGUCGAACAAUAACUGUAUAUUUCCUUAUUCACAACUUGAUCACAAGGGAGAUGGGAAUUGGUGCAAUGCUUGACAUGCCCGAUGAGAAGAAUUCUGCAUCAGUUAGUCUUGAUGGGGAUCAUAUUGAAUUUGUUGAAUCAUUGGAGGAAUGGACUAAGUUUACGGAUGAUUUGGCGGUCAAAAUAUUUACUCAAUGGCAGAGAGUCUGA